AUGGGCGCUCUCCUGUCUUUGCCGCUACUGGCGGUGCCCAGUGUGGGCACGCUCAUCACCCUCGGCGGUUCAUGCUGCGGUGCCGCUACCUGCUCUGCGGUUUGCAGUGCAUGCGGCAAGUUUCAGAACAGUAUGGCGACGCGAAUCGCAUAUGCCUUUGUCCUCCUGAUCAACUCGAUUGCAUCUUGGAUCAUGCUCACUCCCUGGGCACUCAAGAAACUCCAACACUUAACACUUGAUUACAUGGAUAUUAAAUGCGACGGCAAAGAAUGUCACGGCUGGGUGGCGGUCCACCGCAUCAAUUUCGGCCUCGGUCUCUUCCACCUGAUCCUUGCUCUCUUGCUGCUCGGUGUCAAGACCUCCAGAGAUAGCCGUGCCGCGCUGCAAAAUGGCUUCUGGGGCCCGAAGGUUCUGUUUUGGAUUGGGUUCGUCGUCAUGUCGUUCUUCAUUCCCGAGCCCUUCUUCUUCGUCUAUGGCAACUACAUUGCGUUCUUCUGUGCUAUGCUCUUCCUGUUACUGGGUCUGAUCCUUUUGGUGGACCUUGCGCACACAUGGGCCGAGCUGUGUCUGCAGAAGAUCGAGGACAGUGACUCACGCCUGUGGCGAGGCCUGCUCAUCGGGUCGACGCUCGGCAUGUACUUGGCUUCGAUCGUCAUGACCAUCUUGAUGUUCAUCUUCUUCGCGAGAAGCUCGUGCUCCAUGAAUCAGGCUGUUAUUUCGAUCAACCUGAUCUUGUUCCUGAUUAUCUCGUUUAUAUCGGUGCAGCCCGCCGUGCAGGAGUCCAACCCACGUGCGGGCCUGGCACAAGCCGCCAUGGUCACUGUCUACUGCACCUAUCUCACCCUGUCCUCCGUCUCGAUGAAGCCCGAUGACAACAACUGCAACCCCUUGAUUCGCUCUAGCCGCACUCGAGCCCUCACGAUCAUUCUGGGUGCGAUCGUAACCAUGGCCACCAUCGCGUACACAACCACGCGAGCUGCUACUCAAGGCAUCGCUCUGGGAUCCAAGGGCGGUCACAACUACAUCCAGCUGGGUGAGGAUGAUAAUGAGCACGGUUUGGUCACGCAGCAGCCCAACAGCCGUCGGGAGAUGCGCGCCGAAGCUCUCCGGGCAGCCGUGGAGAGCGGCAGUUUGCCAGCCAGUGCUCUGGAUGAGAGUGACGACGAGGACGAGUUCGAAACCAGCAGUAAGGAUGACGAGCGUGGUUCGACUCAGUAUAACUACUCUCUCUUCCACAUCAUCUUCUUCCUCGCCACAACCUGGGUAGCCACCUUGUUGACACAGGGAUUGACCGUCGACACAACCAUUGACUUUGCGCCCGUGGGUCGAACCUACUGGGCCAGCUGGGUCAAGAUUGUCAGCUCCUGGGUGUGCUACGCUAUUUACAUGUGGACCCUGGUCGCGCCUGUUCUGCUUCCAGAUCGCUUUGCUGCUUAG